AUGAAGCUGGACGUGUCGGACGUGAUGUAUGACAACUCGAGCGUAUCGAGUGAUAGCGGGACAUCUCAGAGUUCUCAUGCGAGUCAUGAUUUUCUUUCAAAUAUUGCCAAUGCUACGAUUCCCAACAGUAUAGCAGGAAGUAUUAAUAAUGGUAAUUCGGCGGUUAAAAAACGUAAUCGAAUUAAUAUAAGUUGGUGUGACGUCUUGGCCAUGACGCAAGAUAUUUUUUUUUUCAUCUUGUGUCCUCAUAACGCGCCUCAUAUUUAUUAUUGUCAUUGCUGUAAAAAUGUGUGCUUGUAUUUAUGUAUUUGGUUCUUAUCGCUGGAUAAAAUACCUGAAAUUCGGACGAUUGAUUAA